AUGCUUCGCCGCAUUGAUGAAUGCAUCGAAUCAGUAUGCGCAUCAGCUCGAAGCUUCUCCGAGCAAAAUCCGGAGAAGCAGAUUGCCGUGGAAUCCGUUGAGUCAAGAAAAGAGGACAACACAGCGACAGAUAUUUCAUGUUCCACGAGGGCGCUGAAUAUAGCUGUGAAGUGUGUGCUGAACGAAAUCGUUGAUGAAGUUGCCGGUGAUAAAGUCGAUGAACGGAGACGAAGAAAACGAGCGAGACCUACUAAAGAGAGCACAGCAGUGGAAGGAAAACAAUGGAGACCAAGUAAAAGGCUGCAAAAAUUCCUGAAGGAUCUGGAAAGCGAUGAAUAUGUAACUCAGCCACCCGCAAAAACCCAAAAACGCAACAGUCCUAGAAAUGCUGCUGAGGUGCAACGGAAACGGCGAAAACCAUCCAAAACUGAUAAGGGAGAAACAGAAAGCAGUUUCAUUGGAGAUUCAAGUUCCACAUCCACGAGUACUUCACUGCACUACGGCGAAUUUAAUUUUGAUUUUGAGGAAUAA